AUGGCUUCACUCGCCCGAUCGUGGGUUUGCAGCACCUGCCGACGAAAAGCACUAAGCCAACCUACGCAACCAGCCCUCAUACCCAAGAACCUUUGUUCAACCACCUCGGCCCCCCGCCAGCAUGAUCGGCCUUUUCGCAUGGCCGUCGUGGGUUCCGGCCCGGCUGGCUUCUACACGGCUUACCGAGUCAUGUCCAGGAUACGGCAGGCCAAGGUCGACAUGUACGAAGCCCUGCCUGUGCCGUUUGGACUCGUGAGGUUCGGCGUUGCGCCAGAUCAUCCCGAGGUCAAGAAAUGCCAGGAAAAGUUUGAAGAGGUCGCCAGUUCGCCAAACUUCAAUUUUAUAGGAAACGUCGCCGUGGGCAACUCGGACGGCCACUUCGGCGGCUGCACGGUGCCACUGAGGUCGCUCAUGCAGCACUACGACGCCGUAGUGUUCGCCUACGGUGCGUCCAAGGACAGGAAACUCGGAAUCCCCGGCGAAGGCAAGUUCAAGGGCAUCUACUCGGCGCGCGAGUUCGUCGGCUGGUACAACGGCUUACCCGAGUAUGCCAACCUGGCGCCGGACCUGACGCACGGGGACGAGGCUGUCAUCAUUGGGCAGGGAAACGUCGCGCUUGAUGUGGCUCGGAUGCUGCUGGAAAAUGUGGAUGUGCUCCGGAAAUCGGACAUCACCGAGGCCGCUAUUGAGACCCUGCUGAAGAGCAGGAUAAAGCGCGUUCAUGUCGUUGGACGGAGGGGGCCAAUGCAGGCUUCGUAUACCAUCAAGGAGGUGCGUGAGUUGAUGAAGCUUCAGGACGUGGGAUUCCACCCAGUCGAUAUGGCGUUGAUACCCGACGAGGUGUCCAAAUUGCCCCGGGCUCCGAAGAGGUUGAUGGAGGUCGUGUUGAAGGGGUCUACAGCCAAAGCAGAGGAGGCGUCGAAGGCUUGGUCAUUGGAUUUCUGUUUGUCUCCUACUGAGUUUGUUGGCGGGGCGGAGGGUGGGCAUUUGAGCCGGACUGUUUUCGAGCGAACUUCUCUGUCGGAUCCUUUUGACCCCACCUCCAAGGUCAGUGGUACGGGAGAGCACCUGUCGAUCCCCUCGGCCCUGGCCUUCCGUUCGAUAGGUUACAAAUCUGUUGGGUUGCCUGGUUUCGAAGAGGCAGGCAUUUUAUUUGAUGACGGAAAGGGGGUGAUUCGUCAUGAUGGCCUUGGACGAGUCUACACCCGCGGCGAAAAACCACAGGAACUUCAACACCUACCGGGAGUGUACUGUGCGGGAUGGGUCAAAAGAGGGCCGACGGGUGUCAUUGCGUCGACUAUGCAAGACGCUUUUUCAACUGGAGAUGCCAUUGCGGAGGACUGGUCCGCGGAAGCCAAAUUCCUCAACGAGGGGAACAGUCACGGUUGGGAAGGUGUGAAGACUGAGGUGCAUGACAACAAGUGCAAGGUCAUCACGUGGGCGGAUUGGCAUAAAAUAGACCAGGUCGAGAAAGAAAGGGGUCGCUCCGCUGGCAAAGCGAGGGAAAAAUUCACCAGCACAACGGAGAUGCUGGCGGCGGCUGUUUGA